AGCAAAAUAUUAUUAGAAUUAUUCAGCUCGGUGCAACAACGCUUUCGUGAAAAAUAAGGAAGAUGCGCGGAUUACCUAUUUUCUUAUUAAUUUGUGUUCUAUUGGCAAUAAUAUGCCAUGCCCAGGGUCAAGAUGCGGAUGCUGAGGUGCCGGAAGAUCAGCAGGUGCAACGUGUGAAACGUCAAUUUGGUGGAUUCGGUGGUGGUUAUGGCGGUAUCGGUGUCUAUGGUGGACGUGGAUUUGGAGGUUAUGGUGGCCGAGGGUUUGGCGGCGGCUAUGGUGGUUAUGGACGCGGUUUUGGCGGUGGCAGCUAUGGUAGAUAUCGUUAUGGCGGUGGUGGCGGCUAUAGACGUGGUUAUGGAGGUUAUGGUGGCUAUGGCUUCAUUUAAAGGAGUUUUUAUGAAUUCGAGAAGGAAAUGUGAAAUUAUGUUGUAAAUAAAAAUAAAUAAUCGACAGAUUUUUAAAGACUUAA